UAUUAGGUUGGAGAAACCACGAUUAUCUACAUUCAGUAUUGAUUUACCAGCGGAACGGUAAAGUGGACAGCGCUUAGUUUCCUGUAUUAACAAAAUGUUCAGAACGGGAGUGCAACUUGUAUCCAAAACUGGCUGCAGUUUGGCUCAAAACUCAAGAUGUCUUUCCAUCACAUCGACUAAUCUGAAGCGGGCACAAUCACCCGCUAACAUGUCUUUCAUGGCGAACCUGUUUCGAGGAGAAAUUCAGACUUCCCAAGUGUUCCCUUACCCGGAAGCAGUCGAUCAAGAGCAAAGGGAGUACAUUCAAUCCUUGACGGAUCCCGUACAUCGAUUCUUCGCUGAACGCUACGACGCGGCAGAAAGUGAAAAGCUGAAUGGCCCCUCGGAAAGCGUAACGGACGCUCUGUGGGAAAUGGGAUAUUACGGCCUGAUGGCUCCUGAAGAGUACGGAGGACUAAACCUUUCCAACACCGGUUACGCAACCAUGGGAGACGCAGUUGGAGCAGUAGAUCUAGGUUUAGCGGUAGUUCUAGGAGCGCAUCAAAGUAUCGGAUGGAAAGGGAUUCUGCUGUACGGUACCGAAGAGCAGAAGCGUAAAUAUCUGCCGAUGGUUGUGAGCGGUAAAACGACAGCUGCUUUCGCCUUAACGGAACCCAGCUCUGGUUCGGACGCCGGAUCCAUCAGAAGCAAAGCUGUUAAAAGUCCUUGCGGCAAGUUCUACACGCUAAAUGGAUCCAAGUUAUGGAUUACGGGUGGUGGAAUAGCCAAUGUGUUCACGGUUUUUGCACAAACUGAGGUUACAGACCCCCGCACAGGACAAAAGAGGGACAAGGUAACUGGGUUCAUCGUUGAGCGUGACUUCGGUGGUUUGACGAGUGGACCUGCGGAGGACAAGAUGGGUAUUCGUUGUUCGAACACCACAGAAGUUUUCUUCGACGAUGUGAAAGUUCCGGUUGAAAACGUACUCGGAGGAGAAGGCAACGGGUUUAAGGUUGCAAUGAACAUUCUGAACAACGGAAGAUUUGGAAUGGCUGCUACCCUAGCUGGAACAAUGCGAGCUUGUAUAGCUAAGGCGACUGACCAUGCAAACUCUCGGGUUCAAUUCGGAAAGAAAAUCAAAGAAUUCGGAAACGUCCAGGAAAAAUUGGCUCGAAUGGCAAUGUUGCAGUAUGUGACACAAACAAUGGCCUAUAUGGUUGCUGGAAAUAUGGAUACAGGUUCAAAGGAUUACCACUUGGAAGCUGCGAUUUCCAAAGUAUUCUCGUCGGAAGCAGCGUGGCACGUUUGCGAUGAAGCCAUUCAAAUUUUGGGCGGAAACGGAUUCAUGAAAUCGGCUGGGCUUGAGAAAAUAUUGCGGGACAUUAGAAUCUACAAGAUCUUCGAAGGAGCCAACGAUGUGUUACGACUGUUUGUAGCGUUAACCGGAAUUCAGUAUGCUGGAUCACAUUUGAAAGAAAUCCAGCGAGCGUUCAAGAACCCGACGGCCAACUUGGGAUUGAUAUUUAAGGAAGGUUCUCGAAGGGCAGCCCGAAGCAUGGGAGUAGGUGGAUCCGACUUGAGCCAAUUUGUUGCUGAGCCAUUGAAGGAUUCGGCAAAACAGUGCUCUGAGAGCAUAGACAUGUUUUCGUUGGCAGUUGAAUCAUUGCUCAUUAAGUACGGCAAACGGAUCGUUGAUGAACAGUUUUUGUUGACUCGUUUGGCUGACAGUGCCAUCGAUAUCUAUGCUAUGGCAACUGUACUGUCACGUGCAUCCCGGGCAUUGAACAAAAAUCUACCCUCCGCAGAGCACGAGAUGAUGAUGACGAAGGCUUGGUGUGUUGAGGCAAACAACAGAGUCAAUAACAAUCUGAAGCGAGUGAACAAGCAUCUGCACUUGGAGAGUUAUAAAACGCUGUCUCUCAUAGCAAACAAUAUCUGUGAGAACGGAGGUGUAGUGCAAAAACUGCCCUUCGAAAUCUAACGGCCCAUUUAAAAAAUAAAAUAAAAUUGAAACUGA